GAAAAAAAAUCCUGAACGUGAACUUAUAGAAGGUGAAAUAAAAGCUAUAGAAGAAUCAAAAAUAUUAAGUAAUCUAACGUUUAAAGUUGAUCUUGUAAUUACACUAAUUGAUGCUUGGUUUGAAUUCUUUGAAUGGGUUAUUCCUUUGUUGGAUCUGAAAAAGAUCUCUAAUGGUUUGAAAAUACAUUGGAAGAUUCCAACUAAAGCAAUAGAUAAUAAAUUUACUACAAAAUCAGGUUUAAUUUACAAAUUAUUGGAUCAGCAAAAAAAGUUGAAGAUAAAAGAAAUUAAAAUGGAAAAUAAUAAAAAUCUUGAAACAAAUAUUAGUUCUUUUGAUCCUGAUAUUGAGACAUAUUUCUAUAGCACACUAUGGAUAAUUAAUACUGAAGAAAAAUCAAAUAGAAUGCCAGAUGGUAAAUAUAUAGUAGGUGUAAAAUCUAUGGCUAAAAAUUGGCAUGAUAGUAAAUUUAAAUUAGUAAAUGAAACUGUAUCACAAAUUUCACCUCUUAAAUUAAUUUAA